GGUGCUUGAGCAGCACACUGGCCACUGUUGUGACGGUGAAACGACGUCUGCAAGCGUCACGUUGACUUUGACAGCGUCGAAACGGUUAACAGUAGUUAGCGACAGUUGCCCUGUCAAACCCUCCGAGGAGUCUCUUUUAUUGACUCUACCUAAGUUUACUUUCAUGUUGACGUUUUUUCCCCCAACUUUUCGCAACAAUUCGCACUUUUAUUUUUUUGGAUUGAGCUGAAUCGUAGUCUCAGUUUGGAGAACUUUGACGCUUUUUUAAUUGUAGAAAGUUUAAGAUGCGCUAGGGAAAAGGGAGUCAGAAGAGAGGAAUCGCCAAAGAUGACAGAUCCAGCGGAGCAGAGCCAUCACCUGAAAAGUUGUGGCAGGCCAUCAGGUGGGAGCAGCGCCGACAAGCAUCUCCCUGCCAGCCAGCGUGCAGCGCCACACAACGGCACAAGAGGGCGCCAGAGGGGCGAGCAGCAGGACAAGUUGUGGCACAGCCGAGGCGGGCAGAGGGGGGUGUGCCCCGGCUUGGCUGCCGGAAAUGACCGAGCCGACUCUCUCCUUGCACCACAACCUCAGGUUAAGAACCCCGAGGAUGCAGCAGCAGCUCCACAACCGGUGGAACCCCUGAGCCAAGCCCAGGAGGGGCUCCCCGUCGACUCUGACACCGGCCUGGACGCGCGCCUUGGCAGGAAGCGUCACCGACGUCGCGCUGCCAAGAAGAAGCGCCACUGGAAGCCUUACUACAAACUUUCCUGGGAGGAGAGGAAGGCGCUGGAGGAGCGCGAGACAGCCAGGGCGUCCCGCCUGAGGGAGGAGAUGUUCGCCAAGGGGCUCCCUGUGGCCCCCUACAACACUACUCAAUUCCUCAUGGACGAGCACGACCGAGAAGAGCCGGACCUCAAUACCGAGACCGGACCUCGGCGCACGGACGACACGGGCAGCGAGGAGGACCUCUUCGAGCACGACGACGAGGAGGAGGACGACGGCAGCGGCGGUGGCGGCGGCAGCAGCGACGGCAUCGGCAGGCCUGGCAACGCUGGCGGGGAGUUUCUGCAGCGGGACUUUUCCGAGACCUACGAGAUGUACCACGUCGAGAGCCUGCAGAACAUGACCAAGCAGGAGCUGGUCCAGGAGUACCUGGAGCUGGAGAAGUGCAUGUCCCGUCUGGAGGAGGAGAACAACCGGCUGAGGCGCGCCGUGGAGCCCGGGGGUCUGAGCGUGGAUGGCUCCUUGGUGAGGCUCCGGGAGCUGGAGAGGGAGCUGGAGAGACUGAGGGCCCAAAACACGGAGCUCCUCCUGCAGAGCCAGUCCGGGGAGGACCGAGGUCAGGUCACCAGCGACUAGGGACUCUCGUCAAUCAUUGAGGACUCCAUUGAACAGUCCGUCAGCCCUUGCAAUGCACUGCAGUACAGUUUUUCCUUUUCUGGACUUUAAUUCUUUUACUGAGGAAUUGUAAGUAUUUGUUUUUGUUUUGUAAAGACAACACGAGGUCUCUUUCAAGUGUCAUCGACAUCCAUUUUCUCUCUCCCCCCCGUUUUAUGUUGCAUUUCCUCCAAAAAGAAAUGAGUUAUUACAACAUAACAUCAAAUCAGGCCAGUUAAAUGUUAACAUUUUAACAGUUGUGUGUUAACAGCCACUCAAAACUAAAAUAAAUAUUUCAUAAAUUGACUAA